CCUAGAAGUGAAAGUAUGUUUAUGUGGAGUAGAAUGGCUAACGGAAAGCUACAACAAACGGACCAGGGCAGUGAGAAUGCUCAAAUGUUAACCAAGGACAGUAUAGAGUUCAAACUCCUUCUGGCCUAUUCGGUGAGGAAUGAACCCGCACACAGCCAUCUUCACCAGAGCAGGGGGGGAGAGGCGAAGGCUGCUUCACCUGAGUCUCCAGAGGACCACAGCAAACAAGAGAAAAGGAAGAAGAAGAUGAAGAAGAAAAAGAAGAAAAACAAACUCUUGAAGGUCAUAAGUUGUAUUCGACCAGCAGAGAAUGACGAUAUUCAGGUGACAGGAGACCACAGACGACAGGUGGCAUCAUAUUCAGAAGAGCAAGACUUGGAAGGUGUAGUCAACAAGUUGAUAAAGAUAAAAGAUUCUGUGCAUUUCUUCCCUGGAGAGAUAGAAAGUGAUGGUGAUGAUAUUAUUGAAAAAAUAGUGGAACUACUUAGGGAUCAUGGAGACAAACUAAAUGAGGAGAUUGAGAAGAACCUCCCUCUUAUGCAGCAGCUGCAGGCCAUUCUGUCCUAUAGUUUCUUUGAAAAUGUGGCCAUGACAUUUAUGCAGAGACUGAGCCCAGCAGAGCUUCCUCAUUCACAAAGCCAUGAGAUCACACAGAUUGCUCUUACCUGUGAAGUGACCAGACGCUUGAAUACCAUGGACCAACACCCCAUGAACCGUGUGCUAGGCUUCGGGGCCAAAUACCUACAGGACUAUUUCACCCCCUGGAUUAACAGUCAGGGGGGCUAUGGAGAGGUUCUUAGCUCCUACAAUGAUGCUGAAGAGGAAAUCCAAUGAGACAAGAAGACUUUUACUAUUUACUCUGUAACUACUGGUGCUGCAGGAUUUAAGUAGUCAGUCAGCCAAUUAUUCUCAGGGUCCAGGUCAGUUUAGUUAGUAAAUAACUUUAAUAGUAAGGGACCUUUAUUUGCAAUGUGUUUAGGCUAGUUCUGCCAAUGCUGCUAUGUUUGCUCUUAAAAAAACAAAAACAAUUAGGGUUUUAUUUUUAACAUUGUGCUUGUCAUUGUUAGUGUCUUUGUAUGAAGGUGGAGGGCCAUUUUAAAAUUUAUAUUAUUUCUUAAAUUUACCACCACCUCCUGGGAGUACUGUGUGCUCCUCCCCUACACCACUGACAUACAUACAUACAUACAUAAACAUUUAUGUAAUAAAAAGUCAGUGUGAAGAGGACAUUA